GUGGACCUGGACGGAACGAUCUUUGCCUGGAAGGUCCUAAAGUUUUCGUUGUCGCGAGUUCACAACACAGGAAUUUGAAGGGGUUUCCAUCGACUAUUUGAGUUUAAUUGGAUUUGAUUGAACAGCAUCCUGAAGUGAAGGCUGUUAGUUAUAAUUAGUUUGGUGAAGACCGAAGGAUAUCAGUUGUGUUUUGUGAAGAAUUCUCCAAAGCGUGAUUCAGAAAUUGGAUUGAAGAAAAUCUCUGAGGCAAAAUUUUGAAGGGAAUUUAUCCGUCAAGUGGAAGAUCAUUCAAGUGGCAGUGAAAAAAACGAAAAACGUUUAACACAUCAAUAAAGUGCCCAUCGCGGAAGGAUGAUGGAAUAGAUCCCGAGAAGGUGAUACGACUUUUUUCCGACACAUCUGUUGCUAGAAGUUUUUUUCACACGCUGAGAAGAAACAUUCCAUAGAAAAGUGCCCCCAAAACCUAGGGCCAGGGAAGAAAAUCGAAACGGUACACAGGUUUAAGAAGAAAAAAAAACCUUGGAAGCUGGUAAGGGAAAUAAAUAAUAACAAACAGUGCUUCUUUUAGUACCAAGGCGUUUAUCGGAUUGUGUAACAUCGAAGCUCUUCGGAUGGUUGAAGAGAAGGAAAAACAAAUGAACUAUUAGCAGAAAAAAAAGCCGAAAAUGCUGCCGGUCUAAGUUGCUACAGAUCAGUGCUGAACUAGUGAGAGGGUAAAUUGGCUGGAAAACUAAACCGGCCGUCAGUGUUUGGAUCGCGAUGCGGGUGCCUUUUGAUGGAAUGAUGGUGUGAAUUGGGAAAAACUCAAAGCGCUUCGAUUCUGUUUCAAUCGAGGAAGCUGUGUAGGUCACAUCAGAAGCGUUGGACCUGAAGAAGAAUGUGAUGUGAUGCCGUUGUUUGCUUUUGGACGUUCAAGCGUUUAAGGUGCUCAUUGGGAAACAAAUAUCUACGACUACCAGACGGAGAAACGGUUCAAGAUUCCUCCGGAACAACGAAGGCUUAAAGACUUGAGGGCAUUAAACGAAUGUAUGUGAACCCAUCACGAAGGAAACGCAAUCAUCGACCAUAAUCAUACACCUUGCGCCACAGAUUUUAAGUGUGACCAAGACCGUGAGCCUAAACUUUCAGCUGUUAGCUGAGCUUUGUUUUGUUUUUGGUGGGCAAAUGGAGCCGUUGAAAAUCGUUGAUGACAACCACCACGUGACUCACGGAGAACAUCGCGGCGGAAAACAAACAGCGAAUGUUUCCCAUCAUCCGGUGAACGCGGCUUAAUUGAAACUUUUGUUCAGAUCGUUACACUUUUGAGGUGCAGCCGUGUUUUGUUUCCGUUGUGUUUUUCGAGAGCAAAGCUUGGAGAAAAAUAGACCCCUGGAGUGCUAAGGUGCUUAAAGUUGGCCGGGCGUUCUUAAGUUGGUGCGUUUUCGUAGGUAACGUUUGGAGAAAUGGUGGGAACCUGAUAGUUUUCGGGUCAAUGGUGUUGAUACCCCUCGGGGUGAAUGGGUCAUGAAGACAAUGGCCAAUGUUGUUGGGUGACUGAUGUCAUUAUGCAAUCUUCUUCGCUAAAGUUACCGAGUGAUCUACUUCGCGUAUCCACUCUCGGAUGAACUCACGCGACAACGCCCGGAGAAAAGAACUGUCAACUAGCUUGUCCGCGAUGCUGUUUGAGGGCAAUUGGUGGCCACUACUGAAGAAGCAACCUUCACCUUAAUUCAUUGGCACCAGUUGGUGCAGUCGAGUGAUCAUCCGGCAUUUAACACGAGCUGACCUACACGCGAUCUCUGCCAUCUUCUGCGCUAAUUACCCCCUGCGUGCGUGAUCAGUCUUCCAUUUUCUCUGGGCGUUCAGCUCGGUUGGGCACCAUCCGGUGUCAUCUACACCGGAAGUCCGUACCUGCGAACUAUGGCCGACAGUCGCGAGCGGAUCCGAGGGCCGUCGCGUGAUGGCCGCGAAGGCUUCACCAGUCCGCGGCAGGUGCUGCGGAGGCUGAUGCUUCUGUCCGAGGGGCGCCAGUAUCGUGAGGCGGCUACCGUAGUCGGGCGGCUUGGGCCUUCGGUGCUGCGCUCGGUUGUUGCCGAACUACCGAUGGAUAUCCUGAUCGAGGCGCUACCGCACAGCACCUAUCUGCUGGAGUCGUUCUAUAAUCGAUUGAACACGAUCAUGCCAAAUCCGAAACCGGACGUCCCUACCGAAGCCGUCAUGUGGCAUCUCGUGAAAUUGUUCAGCAAUCCUCACGAGUCCGGACUGCGGCAAAGGUGCACCAAACUGGCCCAGGCCAUCGGAACCUGGCAGCCAUCGCUCCGGGAGGCUCUGAUUGCCCGCCGGAAGCAGCUGGAUCAAGCAAUCGAAGGACUCGGGGUGCAUGGCCUUACAGCAGACCAUUCGGGUUCGCUCAUAUCGCUACAUGUGGCGCUCAAGAACGAACUGCAACGGCACAUUGACGUCUACAAGGCUGCCAUCCACAAGCUGGAAGAGCUUAGCCCGGUAACGGUGAAUCACGACCCGGCCCAAUCUUCGCACCAGCGGCUACUGGCCAUCAGCCAUGGGGACAUCCAACAGCGGGUUAUCGACAACAAGACGCUUCUUACCAUGCUGGAUAAACCCACCCUGAAGCAGCUGGCCCAGCUGCUGGACAAUCUGACCCAGAGGGUUCAGAACGAUAAGGAGGUGCUAUUUUGCGUUGGCCAGAUACGAAGGAUCGACACUGCGGCAAACACGGAGGAAAGACCGGCAGCUGGCUUACUGAUGAACUACUCCCGAGGCUGCGAGGCGGUGCUGAACCUGAUGGGCCCGGUACUUCUCACAGCCCCGGCCAGUCCCACGGCCAGCAACGGAUGUGGCAGCGGCAGCGAUGGAUACCAUUCCGACUCCGAUUCCGAUGAGACUAAUUCCGAGCUGGUCAAACAGUACAGCCUGACGUACAGCAAAAACCGCAUCGACACGCUGGAUUCCCUCAACAGUUUACCGCAGCUCAAGCACGCCCACCAACUGAAGGCCAAAAUUCUGUUCUCGAUAAUCGUGCUAGCAUUCCGCGCCUGCCACGGCCUGAAGGAGCGCAAGGUGCUGGAAGUUCGCCGGACGCUCUACUCGCUGGACACCAACGAUGACGCGACGGCUGCGCUGGAUCGGGCGGUGCGACAAAACCUCAAAGAAACCGCGGACCGGUUCCCGAUGGGAGACGUCGAACGGCAAGUGGCCAAUCAGGUUCUAUCGACGCUUCACGAGUAUCCCUGCCUGGAGACGUGCAUUCCACUGAUUCACUACAUUAGCGAUUGCGUUCGGCUGGCGUGGAAGAUGAGCAAUCAGACGGUGCCCUAUUAUCUGGACACCGAUUUUACGUUAGGUCUGCUUCAACCGGAAAAACAUGAACGGUACCCGAUUUCGGAGAAACGAUCGGACAUAAUCCGGGCCUUCCUGUGGCCUGCGUUGAUGCAGAACGGCCGAUGCGUCCACAAGGCUAUUGUGGCCACGUAACAUAUACGCCGAGACUCACAGAAGAUGAAAAAACGAACAUGGAUACCAUGGAUUGAGUCCCAUUUGCUCAACCAUUCACAUAGGAUAAUUGAUCGUUGUCUACGCGGAACGAUGAGAAUACAAACACAUAAAUCGAAGGCAUUUUUACAAUUUUACUCGAAAGCUUUUAGUAAAAAUCAAUACCAUUAUGGACGUUUUGUUUUGUUUAUUUUUUACUUAAACCGAAUUAAAAUAAGAAGUCCGCGUCAAUAUGUCCAAAAAUAGCUACGUAAGGAUUCGUCAGUAGUAUCACUAUGAGCUCUGAAACGUAUGGAAAUUAUAUAGGUGCCUAUACACUAUCGGGACUCGGUUUCUAAGUGGAUCCGGGAAGUAUAACUUUUACGUUUCAUUCUCCCUCUGUACAUAUAGCCAAUUUUAUGCAAUAAAAAUAACCUGUUUCACUUCUGUUA